AGCGCGGCGCUGAGCGGGCGGCCCGGCGGGCGCCAUGGAGCAGUGGCGGCAGUGCGGCCGCUGGCUCAUCGACUGCAAGGUCCUGCCGCCCAACCACCGCGUCGUGUGGCCCUCGGCCGUGGUCUUCGACCUGGCGCAGGCGCUGCGGGACGGCGUGCUGCUGUGCCAGCUGCUGCACAACCUCUCCCCCGGCUCCAUCGACCUGAAGGACAUCAACUUCCGGCCGCAGAUGUCCCAGUUCCUGUGCCUGAAGAACAUCCGCACCUUCCUCAAGGUCUGCCACGACAAGUUCGGGCUGCGCAACAGCGAGCUCUUCGACCCCUUCGACCUCUUCGACGUCCGCGACUUCGGGAAGGUCAUCUCGGCGGUGUCCCGGCUGUCCCUGCACAAUGUGGCCCAGAACAAAGGCAUCAGGCCCUUCCCCUCCGAGGAGACGGCGGAGAACGAUGAGGACGUCUACCGCAGCCUGGAGGAGCUGGCCGACGAGCAUGACCUGGGCGAGGACAUCUACGACUGCGUCCCCUGCGAGGACGAGGGCGACGACAUCUACGAGGACAUCAUCAAGGUGGAGGUGCAGCAGCCCAUGAUUAGGUACAUGCAGAAAAUGGGCAUGACGGAGGAUGACAAGCGGAACUGCUGCCUGCUGGAGAUCCAGGAGACCGAGGCCAAGUACUGCCGGACGCUGGAGGACAUCGAGAAGAACUACAUGGUGCCCCUGAGGCUGGUGCUGACCCCGGCGGACAUGGUAGCCAUCUUCAUCAACCUGGAGGACCUCAUCAAGGUGCACCGCAGCUUCCUGCGGGCCAUCGACCUGUCCAUGAUGGCGGGGGGCGGCACUCUGGCCAAGGUCUUCCUGGAGUACAAGGAGAGGCUCCUGAUCUACGGCGAGUACUGCAGCCGCAUGGAGUGCGCCCAGAACGCGCUGAACCAGCUCCUCGCCAGCCGGGAGGACUUCAGGCUGAAAGUCGAGGAGUGCACGCUGAAGGUGCAGGACGGCAAGUUCAAGCUGCAGGACCUGCUGGUGGUGCCCAUGCAGAGGGUGCUCAAGUACCACCUCCUCCUGAAGGAACUUCUGAGCCAUUCCGCCGACCGGCCGGAGAGGCAGCAGCUGAAGGAAGCACUGGAAGCCAUGCAGGACUUGGCCAUGUACAUAAACGAGGUGAAGCGGGACAAGGAGACCCUCAAGAAAAUCAGCGAGUUUCAGAGCUCCAUAGAGAACCUGCAAGUGAAGCUGGAGGAGUUCGGGAGGCCCAAGAUCGACGGGGAGCUGAAGGUCCGCUCCAUAGUCAACCACACCAAGCAGGACAGGUACCUGUUCCUGUUCGACAAGGUGGUCAUCGUCUGCAAGAGGAGGGGCUACAGCUACGAGCUGAAGGAGGUCAUCGAGCUGCUGCUCCACAAGGUGACCGACGACCCCAUGAACAACAAGGACCUCAAGAAGUCCCACGGGAAAAUGUGGUCCUACGGCUUCUACCUGAUCCACCUGCAAGGCAAGCAGGGCUUCCAGUUCUUCUGCAAGACGGAGGACAUGAAGCGGAAGUGGAUGGAGCAGUUCGAGAUGGCCAUGUCCAACAUCAAGCCAGACAAAGCCAACGCCAACCACCACAGCUUCCAGAUGUACACGUUCGACAAGACCACCAACUGCAGGGCCUGCAGGAUGUUUCUCAGGGGCACCUUCUACCAGGGGUACCUGUGCACCAAGUGCGGCGCCGGGGCACACAAGGAGUGUCUGGAAGUGACGCCUCCCUGCAAGAUCAGUUCGCCUGCAGACCUGGACGCCCCUGGAGCCGGACCAGGGCCCAAGAUGGUGGCCUUGCAGAACUACCACGGCAACCCCGCGCCCCCCGGCAAGCCGGUGCUGACCUUCCAGACGGGCGAAGUGAUCGAGCUGCUUAGAGGGGACCCCGAGUCUCAGUGGUGGGAGGGGCGGCUGGUGCAGACCAGGAAGUCCGGCUACUUCCCCAGCAGCUGCGUGAAGCCCUGCCCCGUGGAUGGAAGGCCACCCAUCGGCCGGCUGCUGUCCCGGGAGAUGGACUACAGUGCUUACCCCUGGUUUGCGGGCAACCUGGAGAGGCAGCACACGGACAACCUGCUCAAGCCCCACGCCAGCGGGACCUACCUGGUCCGGGAGCGGCCGGCUGAGGCGGAGCGCUUCGCCAUCAGCAUCAAGUUCAACGACGAGGUGAAGCACAUCAAGGUGGUGGAGAAGGACAGCUGGAUCCACAUCACGGAAGCGAAGAAAUUCGAAAGCCUCCUGGAGUUGGUGGAGUACUACCAGUGCCACUCUCUCAAGGAGAGCUUCAAGCAGCUGGACACCACGCUCAAGUACCCCUACAAGUCACGGGAACGUGCCGCUUCCAGGGCCUCCAGCCGGUCCCCAGGUCGGCUGGUUCCCCUCGACCUACGUGGAGGAGGAGGGUGUCCAGUGACGGCUGGGACGCUGGCAGGACUCAGGAGCCGCCCGGAAGGGCGGCGCCAGCGCGAGGCGUGUCUCCAGCUCGGGACCCGGAGGGGAAACUCCUGCCGGGCCCCCCCACGCCGUCCGCGGCAGCCCGCGGGGCUGGGGAGGGCGUCCGAAGCCCUCCAUGCGAACCGUCCUGCCGGCCACCUGCCCUCGGGGGCCCGUCCCGGGCGGGCCACUUGUACAUAGAGGAGACCUGGCCGCCCGCCGGAGCGCGGAGGCGCGGGCGCCGGGCGGCAGCUGAGACCGGGGCCGGCCUGGCCCCUGCCCGGUCGGGAUGGCACGCGGAAGCCUGGCUUUGGACACGGACGCAGCCCUGGGGAGGGCUGCGCACGGCGGAGGGUCCUUGCCCUCACUCCCCCUGCUUGGCCCGGACUCCUGGCCCUCUGGCUUCCUGCUGCUCCCGGGGGCCACCUCGGGCCUUGAGGGGCAGUGGGGCCCCUGCGCAGCCCCAGAGGGGGCGUGGGGGACGGCGCUGCAGGGCGCCUCUCUCGGGAGGGGCCCCUGGGAAUGAGCAAGUCUCCGGCCCGCUCCCCGGCCCACGGUACUGCCUGUGCCCCGGACCAGGGGUGCACCUGUCCACCCUGCUGCCUGCAGACAUGCAUCUCCUGUGAACCCCGGUGCUGGCGGGGAGGACCCGGGGCCCUCGCUCUGUCCCUGCUGCUCACAUUCCAGGCAGGGCGCCCUCUGGGCGUCCUGUGUCCUGCAGAGGGUCCCCGAGGGUCCCCACGGCCGGGACCCUUUGCACAGGACGGCGGCUCUCGCCCUCGGUCGGCGUUCCUUCCGUGAGCUGUGUGGCUCGUGAACCGGGCCGGUGACCAGCCCGUUCUAAGUGCUCUUGGGGGUGUCUGUACCCCUGUAAUGCCUGCUCCCAGCUUCUGCUGGCCUUGACCUCUGGCUGGCUUGGCCAGACCCUGUUUUCUCUGCCUGGACGCUGCAUGAGACCCAGGGAGAGCCUCCCUCCCGGCCCCGUGCCCAAGCUCCUGGUGCAGCUUGGCUUUGCGGGCCCCCCCUCCCUUUGGUCCGCCGCACAGCCCUGUGCAGAAGUGGGGGCUGGGCCGGCCUGCUGGCCGCGCUGCACCCUGGGGUCCCUCUGAGGCCAGCCAAGUGCCCCCACAGUGCUCGGCCUGGGGACGAGGCAGGGAGGGCCCGAGGUGGCGGGUGGUGCGGGGAAGAGGAGCAGGCAGCCGGCGGGGGCUUGAGAAGUAAGGGUGGGCGGGGCGGCGAGCCGGGGGGCCGCAGACCCACUUCCCUGCCUUCAGGGCGCACCCAGCACUUUGCUUGUGACCCUGGGCUCAGCCGCCCCAGCCCCCGGACGGGAGGGGACCCGCCCACCGGCCGCGUUUUGUUUACCGUUUGUCGGGGAGGUUACACUUCGUGUUUUUGUUGUUUUGUGUUUGGUUCGGCUCGUUCGCCUUCUGCGGGAAGCAGAGGUGUGUCAUUGUUUCACCCAAAGCUGCCAGGGUCGGGCUGUCUGUGGAUAACGAGGAAGAGGGUUUGUAAGACUCUGGGAAACGGUGUAAAUGCCAGCCCGUCCUGAGGCAGGUCGCCAGGGUGCCGCCCGCGGGACGCCGAGGCCACCGCGUCCGGAUCCCUGGGUUUUGUGAAUGUUUGGUUUCUCUGGUCCUGACACGAGGGGUGGCUUUGGGUGGGGUUUGCACUGUUCCAGGCGGCAGGGGAGGGGCCCGGGGCUGGGGCUGGGGCCGGGCGGAGGGCCUUCGGGCCUGGGGCCCACAGUCGGUCGGCGGUGGGCGCCCAGGCCCCGUGCAUGUGGGUCAGGGACCUGGGGCCCCGCGGCCGAGGCCGCCCCAGAUGGAACGCAGACUGUACAUUUGCCAAUAGGUUUUUUCAGACCACGGUUUUUACUGCAAAUAAAACUAAGUUCUUUUCUCCGGGA